AUGGUGGGCAAAGGGUUCCAUAUCAUUUCGCAGUUUCACCUCGCCGCGGAGUCAUUAAGAGGGUCUGUCAAAACGGUGGUUGGCUCGGCGCCUAUGCACGUGGCAUAUAAAUUAGGACCGGAAUCCAACUUCAAGAUACAGACCAGAUCCGCAUACCCUCUUGGACUACCGGAAGAGUUUGCUUUCCUGACUGUAUUUCGGAUGGACAGAAGUACCAAAACCAAGAACUGGAACCUGUGGCAAAUCCAAGACGUCAAUGCCAACGAACAACUGGCCGUGGGGCUGAAUGGGGAAAGCCAAUCUCUGGAAUUCUCAUAUACCACGCCCGAUAAAAUAAGACAGACUGCGGUGUUCUCUUUCCUACCGUUUCUGUUUGAUUCGCAAUGGCACAAGAUAGUACUGGUCGUCAAGAAGGGAACGGUUUCUCUUUUCGUCGACUGCAUAAUGAUGGACUCUCAAAACUUGUCCCCACGAGGCAAAGUGAAUCUGGACGGCUUUACUGUGAUAGGAAAAUUAAAGGAUAACCCCGCUAUUGCAGUGCCGUUUGAUCUGCAAUUGAUGCUGAUUCACUCCAUCUGGGAGACCAUGGCUAGCGCCAUAAUUUUUCGCCGGUCGCUGUUGGUUGUUUUGCUGCAGAUUUUCGUGAUUUGCUCCGCUCAACGAAACCAGGCCGGUCCCCGUGGGCCCCCCGGCCCACCAGGUCCUGCAGGCGUCCCCGGAAUCGAUGGCAUAGAUGGUGACAGGGGUGAAGAAGGCGUAGACGGCCCUCUCGGUCCAGAUGGGGAUGCUGGAAAACCAGGAUCUUCAGGAUUGCCAGGACUGCCAGGUGCUGAUGGUUUGACCGGCCCGGCGGGAGAGGAGGGACCAGACGGCCCUCUGGGACAGAAGGGAGAACCUGGGAAAGCUGGACCACGUGGAGAAGCGGGUGUUGGAUCUGAUGGACCCCCAGGGCCACCUGGUCCGGGAGGGCUUCCUGGGGAACAGGGCAAAGUUGGGCCCCCUGGAGCCAUGGGUGUGAGGGGGCCACAAGGACCACGGGGUCCUACCGGCCCUCGGGGAGCAGCAGGGAUGCGGGACAUCAGCGCUGAACUGUGCCCCAAUGCCUGCCCCAUCGGUGCGCCCGGUCACCCUGGGUUGCCAGGUAUGAAGGGUCAUAAAGGUGUGAAAGGGGAUGCUGGUGAGCCAGGGAAGCAAGGUCACAAGGGUGAAGAGGGGGACCAGGGCGGCCCAGGGGAUGUGGGAGCACAGGGGUCUACAGGUCCCCAGGGCACAAGAGGAAUCACAGGGAUGAUGGGGGCCAAGGGUGAAUCGGGACCCCGGGGCCACGAUGGAGAUCCAGGGACGCAGGGGGUCAUGGGAGCUACUGGGGACCACGGUCAGAGGGGUGUUAUGGGAGAAUCCGGGCCGAAAGGUGAUCAAGGUCCUCAAGGGUCACGUGGGAUCACUGGACUUCCUGGGCCCAAAGGAAGUGGUGGACUGCCAGGAGUGGAGGCCCGUGAGGGAAUCCCUGGAAUGCCAGGAGCCAAGGGGAGCACGGGGAAAGCAGGACUUCCUGGGGAGGGCGGUCUGCAGGGACUUCCUGGUUUGCCUGGCAUGCCAGGACCGAAAGGAGUCAGUGGUGAAAAGGGCAGCUCUGGAGAUCGGGGCCUCCCUGGAACAAUAGGGUCCUCUGGAAGAACAGGAGAACGAGGAGAGCAAGGGGAAGUGGGUCCAAUUGGACCAAUCGGAAUGAAUGGAGAUGUAGGAGAGCAGGGCCCUCCUGGGCCUCAAGGAAAGCCUGGGCCACGGGGUUCGAAGGGGGAUCUGGGCCUGCCCGGGCUUCCUGGACCUUCUGGCCUUCCUGGGGUGAAAGGAGAACGAGGUGAUGUUGGUUUAACUGGCCCUAUAGGCGAACAAGGAGACCAAGGUGCUGAGGGAACCCCAGGAGACAAAGGAGAAAUGGGUGACCAGGGAGAGCCAGGACCGAAGGGCGCGACGGGAAACCCGGGCGAGGCGGGGAACAGGGGCCCGGAGGGGAGCAGGGGCCAGCCUGGCAUCGAGGGGCCCCCAGGCUCUCCCGGCCCCAGGGGCAUGCAGGGGAACAGGGGCCUGCCGGGGGCCCGGGGCACCCAGGGGCCAGCGGGCAAGGAACCCAGCGACCAGCACAUCCGACAAGUGUGCAUGAGGGUGAUGCAGGAACAGCUGGCCCAGCUAGCAGCCAGCCUGAGACGGCCAGAGUCGGGCGCCGCUGGGUUGCCUGGCCGACCAGGCCCCCCUGGUCCUCCUGGGCAGCCAGGAGACAGCGGCUUCCCCGGGCAGGCUGGAGCGAGAGGCUUGCCUGGUCUCAAAGGGCCUCCGGGGCUGCUGGGACUGAAGGGACCUAAAGGUGAGGCAGGAGACAGAGGGGACAGAGGCAUCACAGUACGAGGAGCCAAGGGCCAGCCUGGAGCUCCUGGUCUGCCAGGUGAGCCAGGUAAACCGGGCUACGGCAGGGACGGGCGGGACGGGGAGCGGGGCAGGCCGGGGGUACCGGGGCAGCUGGGCGUGCCCGGGCCCCCGGGCCCCCCGGGGCCAAACGGGUACUGCGACCCGUCCUCCUGCAACCUGCAGGCCGUGGCCGCGCCCCAGUCCCUCAAGGACUCCAGCAUGAAGGGCCCGUCGGGAAACUGA